GGAGAAGAAGAGGGAGACGGAGAGGGAGGAAGGAGGAGGAGAGUCUGAUGUCAGAAUGAGUCGGCAACACAGCAGCCCAGCGAUGGACAGCACAGACAUAUAGGCAGAGCUACAGGUAGACAGAGGACAGCACCUGUCUGCUGGUGUUUGGAUGUCAGCUGUGUGUGUGUGUGUGAAGCAGAAGAAGAAAGAAGAGACAGAGGAGAAACAUGAGUCGCCAGCAGCAGCAGCAGACCCAGGGAGUGGUUUUAACGGGUUACCACAGCAACGCGGAACUGUUGCCGAAAACUGACCCGUGUGCUCCCAGCUGUCCGUCAGCCCGGGACCACGAGUCCGCCGUGUCCAGCCGCAGAACAGGCCACUACACCAUUCAGCAGAACCAAAAUGCACAGCAUGAAGACAGAUAUGGGCCUGCUGCUACCACCAGUAUUUCCAAAGCCAGCAGCAUCGACCCGUCGUCACUCUCCAAUCCAAACUCUGCUGCUUCCCUCAGGUCUCAGCUCUCCUCCAGCCCCAAGCCUGACUCCAGCCCCAGGCACAGUCCCAAUUCCAGGUCUAGACCGCAACCCGCAUGUCAGCGCUGUAACUCCCAGGACUCUCUGGAGGAGCUGGAGAUGGACGACUACUGGAAGGAAGUGGAGAAUAUCACUCACUCAGGAGGAGGAGCAGGGAGGGGAGAAGGUGGAGGAGAGGGGGAAGUUCAAGAGGAGCAGCAGAAAAUUCCUGAGGAGGGAGAACAGGAGGAGGCAUGGCUUACCGAAGCAGGACUAGCACGACUGUUUGAUGGUUCAUUGGCAACAGACCAGGAUCAGGAAGAGGACAGCGCAGUGUUCCUGUCCACUCUGACCAGGACUCAGGCGGCGGCUGUAGAACGUCGUGUGACAUCACUACAGCAGACGUUACGGCGACGCAACCGACAACACGUUCCUGAUGUUAGGGAUAUAUUCAGACCACCUGAAAAGGUAGAGGAGCACAGCAAACUCAAAGGGGGAAGUGAGAAUGGACAAAAGGACGUCACUUCAGCUGAAGCAGAGACAGAACUGAAUGUUGAAGUGGCAUUUUCAGAGCAGGCGCUCACUUACAGGGAAAACCACCAAAGAUCAAAGGUCACCACCAGCCCCAACUCACCUGACGACAAACUACCAAACUUUAAGCUGCUCCGAGAUAAAACAGGUCAGACCAGAAUAGGAGAUCUGUCUCCGCUGGAUAUGAAAAAAGUGCAUAGACUGGUUCUUGUGGAGAUGACUGCUCUGUUUGACACUGCUGGGAUAGACCUUAAGGCGCACAAAGCUGUCAAAGUUAAGACUAAAGAAAGUGGAUUGUUUGGUGUUCCCCUUGCCACUUUACUGGAUCAGGACCAGAGGCGGGCUCCUGGGACCAAAGUGCCAUUCAUACUUCAGAGGCUUAUCAGUCAUAUUGAGGAGGACGGAUUAGACACAGAGGGGCUGCUACGGAUCCCUGGAGCGGCCACUAGAGUCAAGUCACUGUGCCAGGAGCUCGAGUCCUCCUUCUAUGAUGGCAUGUUUCCAUGGCAACAGUUGAAGCAGCACGAUGCUGCUAGCCUUCUGAAGAUGUUCAUCAGGGAGUUACCCCAUCCAUUACUGACUGUGGAGUACCUCAGCGCCUUUAUUUCUGUCAACAAGCUCCCCACUAAGAAGCAACAGCUGCAAGCUUUGAACCUGCUGGUCCUUUUGUUACCCGAACCCAAUCGGGACACUUUGAAGGCAUUAGUGGAGUUCUUCCAGCGUGUGAUUGACCAUCAGGCCAAGAAUAAAAUGACACUCAACAAUGUCUCUGUUGUCAUGGCACCCAACAUCUUCAUGUUCAAAGGCUUCCGUUCCAAGGUUACAGAACAACAGGAGUUCUCCAUGGCAACCACCACAGCCAACAUCGUCCGUCUGCUGAUUAGAUACCAGAAUCUUCUAUGGACUAUCCCCAAGUUCAUUUUGACCCAGGUCAGACAACAAAACAUGGAAAGUCAGCGGAAACAAAAUAAAGAGAGAGCUGUAAAAAAGCUGCUAAAGAAGAUUACCACUGACAAACUGUCAGACAAAGCUGUCCCUGAGGAGAGUUCACAGGGGUUUAUUCGAGUCCAAGCGCCUCAGUUCAGUAAAGUUUCCAUGGCAGUUCAGCUCACUGCAGAGCUGCAGGCUGCUGAUGUAUUAACACGCUUCCUCAGCCAAGACAGUUCAGUGGCAGUGAAACGAGAAGAGCUGUGUCUCUAUGAGAUUGGUGGAAACAUCAAGGAGAGAUGUCUAGAUGGGGAAACGUACAUGAAAGACCUCAUCCAGCUGAACCCUACAGCAGAGUGGGUGAUCAGAGCUGUGCAGCGAUAAAGAUAUCAUACCACUCUGGAUGCUCAACUGUUCCCCGUUCUCACCACAACGUCCUGCUGUCAAGAAACGUCACUUGGUUCUCUGUGUUUUUUUGCUGGUUCUUGACAUACUCGGACCAUUCAUUUGUAGCAUACAGAGUUUUUAACUUAGGUGGUGUAACAUGGUUUUACACAUUUGGUUGGCCCUGAAAUUUACCCCCAAAAAAUGCUGAUAUUCCAAUGGUUGUUGGAGAACUGAUGAAAACCCGUUUGGUGAAAUGUGUGGUAAUACAUUUCUUUGCCAGC